CUAUGGCCCACAUACGUAAAGCUGGCCUCCGCUGUUAAUAAAACCCUGAAUAAAAUCUGAAAACAUCUUGUAUAGCUUAAAUCUGUAAUGCUUUUUCAUUAACUGUUUAUUUUUUUAACGAUUUUAGUUUUACGUCUAUUAGGGUGAAAAUGCAGGAGAAAAAGGCUUAACAUUCAUGACCGACUUAUCAAUUAAUAUCCACAAAUAGACACAAUUGAUGCAUAGUCAUGCAUAGCUAAUCUUGCAUACCUGAUCUUAAUCAUUAUCAUCUGAUAUGCAACUUUCAAAGUUUCUGUUAACGACUAAAAUGGCUUCCUCAAUGAUGAAUGUGAACAAAAGAUGCGUUAUUGGGGUUUGUCAAAUGAUAUGUACAUCAGAUAAAGAUUCAAAUUUCCACAGUGCAGAGACCUUAAUAAAACAGUGUAAAACAUUAGGAGCUCAGAUGGUGUUCAUGCCUGAGGCAUGUGACUAUAUUGCUGAAAGUCAAAAGCAAAGUAUGGCUUUUGCUGAACCAAUAAAUGGUACCACCAUAUCAAAGUACAAGCAGUUGGCCAGGAACCUUUCGGUGUGGAUAUCGAUUGGAGGAUUUCAUCAGAAGGGUUUAGAUUCUGUCAGUCAGAAGCUGUAUAACACACAUGUGAUACUGGACAGUGAGGGUGAGGUGCGGGGUGUGUACUGUAAGAGCCAUAUGUUUGACCUGGACAUUCCUGGAAAGAUACGUCUGUGCGAGAGUGACUACACAAUCACCGGGGACAGGAUAUGUCCUCCUGUAGAUACCCCAGCAGGCAGAGUUGGAAUGGGCAUUUGUUAUGACAUGCGGUUCCCGGAGAUGAGUGUGGGACUACGCCACAUGGGGGCAGAUAUCCUCACCUUUCCCUCCGCCUUCACUGUACCAACAGGCAUGGCUCACUGGCAUGUACUGUUGAGGAAUCGUGCUAUUGAGAAUCAGUGUUAUGUUGUAGCAGCUGCUCAGACUGGAAAACACAAUGAGAAGAGGUCUUCAUACGGACACAGUCUGAUAGUUGACCCAUGGGGUGUGGUGAUAGCUGAGUGUUCAGAGGGGGAGGGUGUGUGUGUGGCAGAGGUUGAUCUACAGCUCCUGACCCGUGUUCGCACACAGAUGCCCAUCCUCAAUCAUCGCCGGCCAGACCUUUAUGGAUCUGUCAUGCUGAAGGGAAGUGCCCCAUCCAUUGACAGUAUACCGGAGUAUGAGUUUGGCCAAUACAAGAUAGGCAGCAGGCAGGUCUUUCACAGGACAGCUCUCUCCUACGCCUUUGUCAACAUUAAACCUGUUGUCCCUGGUCAUAUCCUUUUUCCCUCUAUCCGCAAUGUAUCGAGAUUUGCUGACCUUGACCCAGCAGAGGUCAGCGACCUGUUCAACACCACCAAGGUCGUUUCCAAGGUAAUAGAAAAACACUUCAAAGGGACAUCACUCACCAUCAGUAUACAGGAUGGACCUGAGGCAGGACAGACAGUUAGUCAUGUCCAUGUGCACAUACUGCCCAGGAAGGCUGGCGACUUUGCUCAGAAUGACCAGGUGUACGAUCAGCUACAGAAACAUGACCAGAACCUGGAGGAGGAGAGGAGAGCAGGCCGCCUCAGAUCUGAGCACCAGAUGAAUGAGGAAGCUGCUCAACUCAGGAAAUACUUUAUAUAGUAAACUACACCAGUGCUAUAAGUAAUUAAUUCAAAGUUUUAAGUCCUUGUAUGCAGAAAGUGCUUAGAAAAUCACAUAAUCAGUUGAACACUAUUCUAUAAUUUUCACACAAGGGGCUGAUUGUUCAGAACUUUGACUUAGUUCAAGUUAAAAAUGUGAUUAAUGAUAUUGUUGUUAAUUUUUAGACAUAAACUACUUGGUGAUAUGCUGAUAUAUUUAAACAGAACAAAUACAGCUGAAACAGUUGUCCCAUAACUUGUCAGGAACACUUUAGAUCACAAAUGUCCCCAUUAAACUUCCAGAGCAGUCAAGAUUUGAAACGUCAACAACAUUGUUAAAUUUAACCAAGUUUCUAAAAAUCCGCCGAUAUGUUGGCACAUAACACGAAACAUUUUGCCAAUUAUUUGAAACCGAGAUAAAAAAUUUAUACAAUGGCAUAUACAUAUAUGGAAGUCAGUAUUUAUCGAUUAUUGUAUUUCCUUUUAGUUUUGUUAUACAUGUUUCUCAUCUUUUUGUUUUCUGUGUAAAAAAGGUGUUUCAGAAACAGAACUUCCUUUAUCAACCAACAGCUAUCUACUUUUAUCUGCAUGUCAACCACACUUAUAAUUUGGUGAAGUCAAGUAUUUCAUACUAUCUGUGAGGUGACAUUCUUUUUGAGGAAUUUUACAAGGUUUAAAUUUCAAGACCAUAUGUUUUACAGGAAUGUAUUGACUAUUGGUAAUAGCAUUUUGUUUGAGAAGUGAUAUGUAAUUGAUGUCCCUUUAUAAUAUCAUAGUUGUCAUCUUUGUAAUGAAGAUAAAUGUUCUGUGUAAUAUUAUGUUUUAAAUUGUUUGAUGUGGUGAUUGUAAAUACGAAAGAAAAUUGUUGUUGAUAAAUAAAAUUAUUAGAACAUA